ACCGUGCUUUAUACUAUAAAACGUAUUUAGAGUUUUACUGAGAUACCGUUUACCACGUCACUCCGCCCGACCCGCUCCCUGGGUAAGACCCACGACAACAGCCACGUAGCUGCCAGGACCCGCCCGUCCCCGCCACCCCCGCGCCAAGAUGUCGGCGGCCAUCGCCGCGCUCGCCUCCUACGGCGGCUCCGACUCGGAGCCCGAUUCGGAGCCCGAAGCCGAUGCCGGUCCACAGCGCGCCGUCGUGCUCGCCAGCCGUGACGCUGUGCUGCACCUCCGGCCGCCGCCCGCAGCGCCCCCGGCUUUGCCCGUGGACGCGGCCCCGGAAGUGGCGGUAAAGGAAGAUGUGGAAACAGGAGUCCAUCUUGAUCCUGCUAUUAAGGAAGUUCAGUACAAUCCUACUUAUGAGACCAUGUUUGCACCUGAGUUUGGACCAGAAAACCCAUUUAGGACUCAGCAAAUGGCUGCACCUAGAAAUAUGCUCUCUGGAUAUGCAGAGCCAGCUCACAUCAAUGAUUUCAUGUUUGAGCAACAACGAAGGACAUUUGUCACCUAUGGUUAUGCAUUAGACCCCUCUAUAGACAACCCUGAAGUUGCUACCAAGUACAUUGGCUCUGUAGAAGAAGCUGAAAAAAAUCAAGGUCUAACAGUGUUUGAAACAGGACAAAAGAAAAUUGAAAAAAGGAAGAAAUUCAAGGAGAAUGAUGCAUCUAACAUUGAUGGUUUCCUGGGACCGUGGGCAAAGUAUGUUGAUGAAAAGGAAGUAGCCAAGCCUUCAGAAGAAGAACAGAAGGAGUUGGAUGAAAUAACAGCUAAGAGGCAGAAGAGAGGAAAACUAGAAGAUGAUAAACCUGGAGAGGAGAAGACUAUAUUACAUGUUAAGGAAAUGUAUGACUAUCAGGGGAGAUCUUACCUUCAUGUUCCUCAAGAUGUUGGUGUUAAUCUCCGUUCUACAAUGCCACCUGAGAAAUGCUAUCUUCCAAAGAAACAAAUCCAUGUAUGGUCUGGACAUACAAAGGGAGUCAGUGCAGUUAGGUUGUUUCCUCUGUCUGGGCAUAUGCUGCUGUCUUGCUCUAUGGAUUGCAAAAUCAAGCUGUGGGAAGUAUAUGGUGAUAGAAGAUGUCUACGGACGUUUAUUGGACAUGGGAAAGCCGUUCGAGACAUCUGUUUUAACAACGCUGGCACUCGAUUUCUUAGCGCUGCAUACGACCGCUACAUUAAACUGUGGGACACUGAAACAGGACAGUGUAUUUCAAGAUUCACAAACAGGAAGGUUCCUUAUUGUGUCAAGUUCAAUCCUGAUGAAGAUAAACAAAAUCUCUUUGUUGCAGGAAUGUCAGAUAAGAAAAUUGUGCAAUGGGAUAUUCGGAGUGGUGAGAUUGUGCAGGAAUAUGAUAGACAUUUGGGAGCUGUCAACACCAUUGUGUUUGUGGAUGAAAAUAGAAGAUUUGUGAGUACAUCCGAUGACAAAAGUUUAAGAGUCUGGGAAUGGGACAUUCCUGUAGACUUCAAGUAUAUUGCUGAGCCAAGUAUGCAUUCGAUGCCAGCCGUGACUUUGUCUCCAAAUGGGAAAUGGUUGGCUUGCCAGUCAAUGGAUAACCAAAUUCUGAUUUUUGGAGCUCAGAACAGAUUCAGAUUAAACAAAAAGAAAAUCUUCAAAGGUCACAUGGUAGCUGGCUACGCUUGUCAAGUGGAUUUUUCACCUGAUAUGAGCUAUGUGAUAUCUGGAGAUGCAGAUGGAAAGCUUAACAUCUGGGACUGGAAGACCACAAAACUUUACAGCAGAAUAAAAGCACAUGAUAAAGUCUGCAUCGGCGCAGUCUGGCAUCCUCACGAAACAUCCAAAGUCAUUACGUGCGGCUGGGAUGGUCUCAUUAAACUGUGGGACUAACGAGGCUGCUGCGAGGAUCUGAAGUUGUAAGCCCUGAGAUGUGAAGUUGGAGUGAAUUCUGCUGUAAGGACGGGCAGACAUUUUGUGAUGUAGCUGUUGGCAGCUGGCUGUAUAUAUGCUCUGAAAGUGGGAAGUGUUCAGAGUGCUCGACUCAGGAUCCUGUUCUAAACGCAACAUCUGGCUAGGAGAAUGUGAAGUGUGCAGCAUCAAGUGUUUGUCCUGUCACCUUCUGUGCAAAAUACUCUUGUAAAAUAAAAUAAAUUUAAGAAAAAACUAUUUUUGUGGCUCUGGCUGUCAGAGAUGUGGGGAGUUAAAGGAGAAAACCAGCAAUUGUGUAAUCUUCUUCCUAAGAGGAAAUCUUUGAUACCUACUGCAACAGAGCUGGAAGUAGAGCAUUUGUUUAUGUUUUUUGGAUGGUAUUUUAUUCUCCCUAAAAUACUUCUACCUUUCUAGAGCACAAAAUCAGUUGCUAAUGAUGUCUGUCAAUUCACAGUAGUAAUGAAGAGCUAAUCAGAAGCGCACAGCCCCCGAUUAGACUGUGUCAACUGAAGCCUGUAUUCAUAAAAUCUUGGUUUGUGUUUAACAGCUGCUUCUUGCUGAUCACCAGGUGUCAUCGUUACAAGUACCCCUCAGUUUCCCUGUGAGGGUUGGGUACCAGGUGUUUUUCUCUUCCUGUUUGCUGUUAAGUUCCAGUAAGCAUGACAUAAAAAACGAACAAAACAACAAAGUGGGUAGGUUGUAUUAUAAGCUCCACGCAGUUUGUGACAAUGUGCUGUAUAUACAUGCCACACUUUCUCCUCUUUGAAAGACUUAUUUUUAAUAAAUCAUUUUAUAAAGAAACUUCUGCUUGUCUUCAUUCAUUUCUUCCACCCACCACUGUCCAUGUGAAAUAUUUAUCGUUUGCCAUUUUAAUUCUCAGUUUUAAUAGAAUUCAGAUAAGCUCAUUUUCUUCCCCUGUUCAUACAAAACUAAUUUAAGUUGGAAGGAAGGGGAAAAAAAACAUCCUUUUAACACUGUCUGCUCUUCUUUUGAGACUCUAAUAGAAAUAAAAGUGUGUAACAAAUUUAUCCAUUGAUCAGUUUUAAUUAGUUUUGAAUUACGCUCCGUUGCUUACUGUAAGUCAACAGCUGCUCAUCAGUUAAACAAUAGCAAAGGAUUAAUGGCUAUAAUUAGCAGUAGGGUGGGAGAUAAGGCAUUUCACUAGCUAAGAUGCAAAGAAUCUCAAACUGGAAGGACUUUUUUUCUAAGACUUUAUUUGUAUUUUAAAUCUGCUGUUCUGGAAGGAUUGAUUAACAAGACCGUUCUUUCAAAGAGUACUUGUUGAAGUUAGGCCUCUAACUUCAUGAGUGAGUGAGCUUGGAACAUAAUGCAUUUUAGACCAGCUGCUUAAAGCUGCAUUUCAGAGUCUUUCCACUUUCCAUUCAUGCCUUCAAUAUAACUGCACCAAGUUUACGUGUUUUCCAUUUACUUUCCCAUCUCAGUAAACAUGGGUACCAGAAACACAUCACAGCUCGUUUUCACAAGAGGAGCUCUGGUACCCAUUGUAUAUAUUGUCCAAUCUCACACCUGUGUAAAUGCUGGGGCAGGAAAAUGGAAAUGGUAGAAUUUAGAGAGAGAAAGGAGGUAGCGAGCGUCCUGAGGAUCACAGGGAAAGAAGAGACUGUUCUUCUUUCUGGACUGGUAAGAAUGUGAGUAGGAGUGAGCUGCUGCCAUGGUGUUCCUGAGCUGGGUGUUGAGCUCUGAGGUGCCGUGUCUGCUGCUUAAGGAGAAAAUUGGCUAAAAUAACUUAGAAUGGCACUUCUUUUUCCUUCAAAUACAUUUCCUAAAUGGAUAUGACGAAACCUUACAGUUGGAAAAGACCUCUAAGAUCACCUAGUCCAACCCCAACCCACCCCACUAACCAGGUCCUUCAGUGCCACACCUACACGUGUCUUGAACACCUCCAGGGAUGUGACUCCACCACCUCCCUGUGCAGCCUGUGCCACUGCCUCACCACUCUUGCUAAGUUCUUCCUAACAUCCAGCCUGAACCUCCCCUGACGCAACUUAAGGCCUUUCCCUCACAUCCUAACGUGUAGCUGUGUGCCCAAACAUUAACAGCAUGUAAGCAUAAGGAUCUGGGGAAGAAAAGAGGAAACAGAGCAGAUAAAUUGCUUCAAAAAAGUUUUGUAUAUUAACUCCCCUAUCAGAAACAUCUUUCCCAAAUGCCUAAAAGCAUUUAAAUGACAGUAGACACAAGUUUUGGCUCUGCAGCUCAUAUUGCAUUGCUCCAUUCAUCACCUACCCAGCAGUACUUGAUUCAUGUGCUUGUGUACGCAUAAAUAAGUGUAUAAAGUCAUGUAGUGGUGCACUGCCUGUUGUCUCUGGGGAAGAAAACCAAGAAGCACUGACUCAAUAAAUUCUGGAGUCGAUGAGUUAGGAUUAAAUGUUUGCAACAAGCCUUAGAUCAAAAUUCCACUGGAAACUUUCAGAUAGAUCAACUUCUUUGUCCCUCGCUGUUGGUCACCCUGUUAAUCCGAUGUGGAAUUCCUCACAUCUGCAUUGAAGCCUGCAGGGAGAAUUUUUGUGAGGAUAAUUUCUUCCCUGCCAAAGACUCCAGAGCUGGCGAUGUCAGCAAUUUGCUGAGCUUGGAAGAGGCGGGGGGUGUCUGCAUGGUGGGAGUCCAAACUUGUCCUUCCUGCAGCCACCUGGGAAGGGACUCCUGGCCAGGCUAAUUGUGUCCUUCUCUUUGACUCUCAAUUUCACUUAGGUCAGAAAUUGGUCUGCUACAAAUGUUGGCCAGAACCAGUCCAGACACAUCUCUGGGUUGACAGCUUGUGGGCAGACCGAGCAGGGAAGGCCCCAAGCACCGUUCCCUAAUACCAAGUGAGUUCAAAGGGGCUCCUUCUGGGCUGGAGCCUGUUGCACUGCCGAGGGUGAAUACCUGUGAGUUGGCAUGUAGGGCUGCAGUGACAGCACUGUGGUUUGUGUCCCUCUGUUAUGCAUCUCUAACUCGAGGAAAUGAUGUGGCAGUGUCUUGCCACUUGUUAUUAAUACCAAUUACUGUUGCAGGGGGGGUUUGUGAGUAAGUGAACUAUUGCCAUCAUUGCUGAGUUCUGCCUUGGAAACCUGAUUGUUCUUCUGGCCUUGUGCCACCUUCCUCAUGGACUUCUUUUCAUAUGUGAGAGGGGAGAAUGUCCCACGUGUCCUGGUGCAGCUUGCCAGUAGGUGGGAAGGCAGUCUCUCUCAAGGCAGAUGGUUGUGGCAUCUGUCUCACACAAAGCCUACAACCCAGGAAGACAGGGCUGCACAUUCUUUGCUCUCAUUGCAAGAAGCAAACAUCUGAAUUACCAUGCAUCCAGAAGACUCUAAGAUUGCCUUGGAAAAAGCCAGUUUUUAGCAAAAAGAAGAUGUUCAACACACCAUUUAAAAGUGUGGUCUUCAAAGGCUCAUUUCAACAAUAAAGCCUUGCAAACCUGACAGCA